CUUGUAAUGGAGCCUUUACUCCUUGAGUUACCCACUAACACACUGCAACGUGUGGCAUCUGAACUUAGAUGCCACCCAACAGAUGAGAGGGUUGCCCUACACCUUGAUGAAGAAGAUAAGCUGAGGCACUUCAGGGAGCAUUUUUAUAUUCCCAAAAUGCAGGAUCUGCCUACAGUUGAUUUAUCUUUAGUGAAUAAGGAUGAAAAUGCCAUUUAUUUCUUAGGACAUUCUCUUGGCCUUCAACCAAAAAUGGUUAAAACAUAUCUGGAAGAAGAACUAGAUAAGUGGGCCAAAAUGGGAGGCUAUGGUAUUGACGUAGGGAAACGUCCUUGGAUUAUAGGAGAUGAGACUAUUACAGGCCUCAUGACUGACAUUGUUGGAGCCAAUGAGAAAGAAAUAGCCCUAAUGAAUGGUUUAACUGUUAAUUUACAUCUUCUACUAUUAUCGUUUUUUAAGCCUACACCAAAACGGUAUAAAAUUCUUCUAGAAGCCAAAGCCUUCCCUUCAGAUCAUUAUGCUAUUGAAUCACAGCUUCAACUUCAUGGACUUGACAUUGAGAAGAGUAUGCGGAUUAUAAAGCCAAGAGAGGGAGAAGAAAUCUUGAGAACAGAAGAUAUUCUUGAAGUAAUAGAGAAGGAAGGAGACUCGAUUGCAGUGAUCUUGUUCUGUGGGCUGCAUUUUUAUACUGGACAGCUCUUUAAUAUACACGCCAUCACACAAGCUGGGCAAGCAAAGGGUUGUUUCGUUGGCUUUGAUCUAGCACAUGCAGUUGGAAAUGUUGAACUCCACUUACAUGACUGGGGAGUUGAUUUUGCCUGCUGGUGCUCCUACAAGUAUUUAAAUUCAGGAGCAGGAGGCCUUGCUGGUGCCUUUGUCCAUGAAAAGCACACCCACACAAUUAAACCUGCGUUAGUGGGAUGGUUUGGCCAUGAACUCAGCACCAGAUUUAAAAUGGAUCGCAAAUUGCAGUUAAUCUCUGGGGCCAAUGGAUUUCGAAUUUCAAAUCCUCCCAUUUUGCUGGUCUGUGCCUUACAAGCUAGUUUAGAGAUCUUUAGGGAAGCAACUAUGAAAGCACUGAGAAGAAAGUCUAUUUUGCUAACUGGUUAUCUGGAAUACAUGAUUAAACAUUACUAUGGAAAAGAUAAAACAGAAACCAAGAAACCGGUUGUGAACAUAAUUACUCCAUCCCAUAUAGAGGACCGUGGCUGCCUCCUAACAUUGACAUUUUCUGUUCCAGCAAAAUAUAUAUUGGAAGAACUAGAAAAAAGAGGAGUAGUUUGUGACAAGCGAGAAAAUGGCAUACGAGUGGCUCCAGUUCCUCUCUACAAUUCUUUCCAUGAUGUUUAUAAAUUUAUCAAUCUGCUCAAUUCUGUACUUGAAUCUGCAGAAAUAAAAAGAAAAAUGAGUGUCGUCUAGAACAAAUUAAGCAAAUAAUACUUAAAACUGCUGUGAUUAUUAUUAUUAUUAUUAUUAUUAAAGUUUUAAUAAGUGGAAGCAUUUUAAAAACUGAUUACAUGUAACUGGCCAUGAAUUGUAUACUUUACAAAAAA